CUGCUGGCUACAUCAGUUGCAGCUCACCGGAAACGGCGUGGUUGGACUCGUAACGUGCUUGUUGUCGCAGCUGCAGUGGCUCGUUUUCAUUAAUGUCUGUAACCCACCGUCAUUGAAAACAUGCCGGGCAGGUCGGAACUGAAAAUUAACUCGCAGUUCGCGCAGAAAUAUGAGAAGUACCGACAGAAAGAGGAGUUGCAGAAGCUGAAGGACCGAUUCGGAGACCAAGCCGAUGACAGCGACUCCUCUGAGUCCAGCUCUGACGACAGUGAAGUGGAGCUGGAUCCUGCUUUAGACAGGGAUUUUUACAGAACUCUGUCCCUGCUGAAGAAGAAAGACCCGAAAAUCUACGAGAAAGAUGCCAAGUUCUACUCAGAAGACGCAUCCCAGAAGGAGGACGGUCCGUCAACAUCCAAACAAGCCAAAGUGAAACCCAUGUAUCUGAAGGACUACGAGCGGAAAGUCAUCCUGGAAAAAGAAGGCAAAUAUGAAGACGAUGAUGACAGCGACGAGGAGGAGGCAGCCAAAAGAAGAGAGAGGGCAGCCUCGCCGAGCUACAUCCAGGAGCAGAAGGAGCUCAAAGAGAGCUUCCGGAAGUUUGUCGAGGACAGCGACGAGGAAGAGGAGGAGGAAGGCGAAGCCUCCAAGCUGCUCACCAGAAGGAUCAAAACGCAGGAGGAGAAGGAUAAAGAGGAGGCGGAUUAUGUGGACUGGCUCAAAGGUCAGGCUGAGCUGGACGGUCCGGAGGAGGUGAAGGACAUGAAAUACCUGCGCGACUACUGGAAUGACCCGCAGCUGGACGACAAGGAGCGAUUCCUCCGGGAUUACGUGCUCAACAAGGGCUACCUGGACGAGGAGGAGGACAACGACGACGAACGGAUCCCGACGUACGACGAGCUGGUCCAGGAGGACGUGGACGACUCCGAGGAGGAGGGCGAGAGCUUCCUGGAGCGCCAGGAGGACUUCGAGCGGAGCUACAACUUCCGCUUCGAAGAGCCCGGCGCCCUGCAGAUCAAGACCUACCCCCGAAACAUCGCCACGUCCGUCCGCACCAAGGACGACCGCAGGAAGCAGAAGAGGGAGGAGGUGAAGGAGAGGAAGCUGAAGGAGAAGGAGCAGAAGCGGGAGCAGCUGAAGCAGCUGAAGAACCUGAAGAGGAAGGAGAUCAUGGACAAGCUGCAGCAGCUGCAGGAGCUGACCGGGAACGAGCAGCUGGCCUUCAGUCAGGCUGACCUGGACGGAGACUUCGACCCCAACCAGCACGACCAGCUCAUGCAGAAAUUCUUUGGAGACGAGUACUACGGACAAGACGAAGAGGAGAAGCCUCAGUUUGACGACGAAGGAAACGAGAUGGAUGAACACUGGAAUUGGGACACAUGGACUGGAGAGGAACGUGAAGAAGGGUUUGACGAAGAGGAGUACAGCGCCUCUGGACCGCACUGCGACGACGAAGACUUCAUCAUGGAUGCAGACUACGACCCAAGCCAGCACACCGCCUCCAAGAAGAAGAAGAAAAAGGAGAAGAAGAAGCUGAAGAAGGACGAUCUGCCACAGAUGGGCAAGAAGAAGAAGAAGUCUCACUUCGUUGAGGUCAUCACCAGAACCAAGCCGGUGUUUGACCCCCAGGAGAAAACCUUCGAGCAGUACCUGGACGAGUACUACAAGCUGGACUAUGAGGACAUCAUCGACGACCUUCCGUGCCGCUUUCGCUACAGGCAGGUGGUGCCCAACGACUUCGGCCUGACCACGGACGAGGUGAGGUUCUUCCUGAAUGCUACACAUCUGGAUCUCUGCAAUCAACAAAAAACGCAAGAGAACCAACUAUUUGGCUAAAAAGAUUAUCUCCUG